GACAGACAAUCACGGUUCUGAGGUCGGAAACCACCGCCACCGCUGCUUCUUCAAAAACUUCAAGGAAUGACAGCUAUCAUAAAAGCGAUCGUUUAUCUUUAACUGAUUCUGAACUUUUGUUUUAUCUCCGUUUUUUUCUUGGAUGAGUGCCUGUGAAUUAUUUCUACGGUUUUAGUUUGAACAGUAACCAUGACUGGAGUUUUCGACAGUCUCAGCACAGAUAUGCAUUCCAACCAGAUUACCUCGAGCAGUUACCACAGCCUGCACAAAUCCCAGGAAUCCCCUACUUUACCCGUGUCCACGGCCACCGACAGCAGCUACUACACGAACCAGCAGGCGGGACACUGCGCUGGCUCGCCCUACGGCCAACUCGGCGCCUACCAGUACCACAGCAACGGCAUGAGCGGCGUGCAGUACGGAAACAAGUCUUACGACCUGGGAUUCAACAGCUCUUUCAGUCCGUACGGCGCCUACGGCUCUAGCACCUCACCUACUCCCGCAGACGCAGAAAAAGAAGAGAGUGAGCCUGAAAUCCGGAUGGUAAACGGGAAGCCAAAGAAAGUGCGAAAGCCUCGGACGAUCUACUCAAGUUUUCAGCUCGCCGCGCUGCAGAGGCGCUUCCAGAAGACCCAGUAUCUGGCGCUCCCAGAAAGAGCUGAACUGGCCGCUUCACUGGGACUCACCCAAACCCAGGUAAAGAUCUGGUUUCAGAAUCGACGCUCUAAGUUCAAGAAGUUGUGGAAGAAUGGAGAGAUUCCCCCGGAGCAGCACGUGGCCUCCAGCGAGUCUCCCCCCUGCCACUCUCCGCCCGUUAGUAGUGCCUGGGACUUUCCGCACAGCCAGAGGAUGAACGGGGUUCCUUCAGCUCUGGCUCAGAGCAGCAGCUCGCCUAGCACCACGGCGCCGUCAUUCCUAACCAACUACUCCUGGUACUCCAGCACAGCAUCGGCGACACACCUACAGCCUAACACACUGACGGCGCACCACCCGAACACAUCAGUGAGCGCCGGGACCAUAUUUUGACAAACAAAACAAACAAAUGACUUUUUUCACCCAACUGGAAAAUUCAUUUUGCAAGACUGAAAGCUUCAUGUGACUCAAACAAGCCUGGUUUUCCGAGACAUGCCUCCACUGCUUAAAUCGGCCAAGUUGAGAAGUACCAUUGCGAAUAAAUACAGUUUUUCCUCUUCUCUUUUCUGUCGUCAACAGGCAGACGCUAAAGAAUUAAACGACUCACAGUUAUUUUUGUAUUAUUUGUUUUGUCUCUGGAGGUGGUAAAAAAUUAAAAAAGAAAUGUCAUUGUUUAAUAUACCACUAAAAUCCAAAGCUAUGCUAAAGCUAAGGCUCCUCGUGCCCAGGUGAACGUUAUAGCAGUGUUCAUGUCACAUUAUGUAGCACAGUUUCAAGCUGUAUCGUGCCUUUAAGAAAAUGACCUCACUUUCGUUGUCCACCAUCUUGUAUUUUCAGUGUGCCCAUUGCUGUUCAUAAUCCCUUGAUUCAUUUCUAUUUUGUACAUAAAAUAAGUAGGAGGUUUGCAGUACGUGUCCCCUGUACAUGUAGAUUUCACUGCCAUUUAGGUUAUCGUAUAGAGUUUCUUUUUGUAAGAUGUUGAGGGGAAAAAGACAUGGAAAGCACUCAAAAGCUACUGAUUUCCCCCUUUUACAUCUAAAGUCCCCAUGUAACACGUUCCUCGGAAGUACUUUGUUUUAUUUAUUUUGUUUAUUAUGCUGAAUGAACGAUUCUGACAUUAUAUGAAUCAGACUUAUUUAAAUAAAAAAAUGUUUUCAUGUGAAU